GUAAGAGAAAUUGCAGAAUGCGGCCCAGAUUUCCAAAACUAACGCGGUGGUCUCAGUUUGAGUCCGGCGCUCGCCGCCCGUCGAAUUCGUUGAUCAUCGCCGGCGAUCUACGCCGACGAAGCUAGGACAAUGAUAAAUCUUUUUAAAAUUAAAGACCAGAAAAGGGAAGUUGCAGGAAGUGCUAAUGGAAGGAUUCUUGUAAAGAAGCAAAGUGCGGCUGAACUGCGUAUAAGCUGUUACAUCACAGAAUUGAAUCUGCCUAAAACCACUACCAUUUCAUUUCCUAAUGGAAAGGAUGAUCUGAUGAACUUUGAGACUACCAUUCAGCCAGAUGAAGGAUAUUAUCUAGGAGGAAUAUUUACUUUCACUUACCAAGUUCCCUCCUCAUACCCUCACGAACCACCAAAAGUCAAGUGCAAGACAAAGGUGUAUCAUCCUAAUAUUGACUUGGAGGGAAAUGUCUGCCUUAAUAUUCUGCGUGAGGACUGGAAGCCUGUUCUCAACAUAAACACCAUUAUAUAUGGAUUGAAUCAUCUUUUCACGCAACCAAAUUAUGAGGAUCCCUUGAAUCAUGAUGCCGCCGCCGUUCUCCGCGACAACCCGAGAUUGUUCGAGACCAAUGUGAGAAGGGCAAUGUCAGGAGGAUUUGUGGGUCAAGUCCACUUUCCCAGAUGCAUUUGAUGAAGAUCAU